AUGAAGGCGGCGAAGCGGGGAGCGAAGGCGCCUCGUGCUGGUGGCGGGCGGGGGGAUCUCAGCGGCCCGCAGAUGCCACCCACCGUCAUCUCUGACUCGCGGUUCGCCGCGCUCCACUCCGACCCGCGCUUCGCGGUGAGCUUCGACAGCAGCCGCUCUGGCUGCUUGACGGUGGGCGUGGAAAUGCGAUGGUUGAAGGUCGCGCUGCUGUCGCCUGCGCGCCCACCUUGGCGGCAGCCCAGUCGCCGUCCUCCAACACGCCACGUGCCUCACCCCCUGCCAUGCCCCUCCCACUUCAUGCCUCUCUCGCAUCCUCUCGCCCUUCCUGCCAAUCCCGCCUGCCGUGCUACACACAUUCGCAGCAAGUCAUUCCGCCUCUCCCCACUUUCCCGUUUCCCCAUCGCCUUUCCCCAGCCCGCCCCUUGUCCGACUCCCCUGCGCCCUCUGUCCGCCCCAUUCGUCCCACGCGCUCUCCAUCUGCCCGACCCUCGUCACCCCCCAUGCACCCCUCGUCACUUCCACGCACCCCGCGUCAACCCCCAUGCACCCCUCGCCACCCUUGCGUUCCCCCCCCAGCGCGUGCCGGUGCGCGAGACGCGCGUGGCGGUGGACGCGCGGUUCUCCGGCAUGUUCCUCUCGGCGCAGUUCGGCGAGGCGGGCGGCGUGGACAAGCGCGGACGGCGGCGCGAGGCGCAGCGAGGGGCCGACCUGAAGCGGUACUACCACGUGGAUGAGGGGGAAGAGGGGGAGGCGGGGGAGGCGGGGGAGGGAGAAGGGGAGGUGAAUGAGGGAAGCGGGAGAAGGAAAAGCAGAGGCUUCAACCGCACAGGUGCUUGCCUUACUCCCACCCCCUCUCUUCUCACCUUUUCCCUCUGCACCGCUCCAUUUUCCCACCACCACAUGCUGCUUCGGCCGCUCCCCACUCCCACUCAUCUUUGCUCCACCCCUCCUCCUCUCCCCUCAUCGCCCCACAUCCCGCGCUGCCCUUGUCGCGCCGCCGUCUAUCCCGGGCGGCAGCAGCAGGAGGAGAGCGAGUGGAGACGGUGGAGGACGGCAACGAGGCGCCUGGCGCUCGUCAACAUGGACUGGGAUAACAUAGCGGGUGAGAUGAGGGAGGAGAGGGGCGAUGUGUGGAGAGGAGAGGGGCGACGUGUGGGUGAGAUGAGAGAGGAGAGGGGCGACGUGUGGGUGAGAUAUGAGAGAGGAGAGGGGCGACGUGUGGGUGAGAUGAGAGAGGAGAGGGGGCGACGUGUGGGUGAGAUGAGAGAGGAGAGGGGCGACGUGUGGGGUGAGAUGAGGGGCAGCAUGAAGUGGCACAAUCAGGGACGUGAGGGGGGGGGGCGUAUGGGGGUGAGCAUGGCAUGCACAUGGGAGGGGGAGCAGGCAAGGACAUGGGAGGGGAGCAGGCAAGGGACAUGGGAGGGGGAGCAGGCAAGGACAUGGGAGGGGAGCAGGCAAGGACAUGGGAGGGGAGCAGGUAAGGACAUGGGAGGGGAGCAUGGGGAAGAGCAGAGCCAUGCACAGUGGCUGGACUACUUCCAUGCACAGUGGCUGGACUACUUCCAUGCACAGUGGCUGGACUACUUCCGUGCACAGUGGCUGGACUACUUCCAUGCACAGUGGCUGGACUACUUCCAUCCACAGUGUCUGGACUACUUCCAUGCACAGUGGCUGGACUACUUCCAUGCACAGUGGCUGGACUACUUCCAUGCACAGUGGCUGGACUACUUCCAUGCACAGUGGCUGGACCACUUCCGUGCACAGUGGCUGGACUACUUCCAUGCACAGUGGCUGGACUACUUUCCGUGCUCCGUCUUGCUGCACGCUCACUGCCAUCUCACGUCUCUCCUCUCCUGUUCUUUCCGUUCCCUCUUGCUCAUCCUCCCCCCCCCCCCCGCCACGGCAGGCAGUGGACAUCCUGGUGGUGCUGCGCUCCUUCGUGCCGCCCGGCGGGCGCAUCACAGCCGCAGGGGGCCUCAGGUGCAGGGGGGUGAGGGCGGUGAAGAGGAGGAAGGGGAGAGCAGUGAGGAGGGCGAGGGCGUGGAUGCGGAGAGGCUGAGGGAGUACGAGAAGUCCAAGCUCAGGUACUACUAUGCGGUGCUCGACCUGCGCUUCAUCCCCGACGCCAUGGCCUUUCAACCACCGACAGCCCCGCGACUCCUGCACCCAGGUGCCAUGUCACCCCUCCGUGUGGUGUGCCCCUCCGUGCCAUGUCACCCCUCCGUGCCAUGUCACCCCUCCGUGCCAUGUCACCCCUCCGUGCCAUGUCACCCCUCCGUGCCAUGUGACCCCUCCGUGUGGUGUGACCCCUCCGUGCCAUGUCACCCCUCCGUGCCAUGUCACCCCUCCGUGCCAUGUCACCCCUCCGUGCCAUGUCACCCCUCCGUGCCAUGUGACCCCUCCGUGCCAUGUCACCCCUCCGUGUGGUGUGACCCCUCCGUGCCAUGGUCACCCCUCUGUGCCAUGUCACCCCUCCGUGCCAUGUCACCCCUCGUGCCCUGUCCACCCCUCGUGCCAUGUCACCCUCGUGCAUGUCACCCUCCGUGCAUGGAGUCGUGCUGGUCCAACACCAGAGGCCUCUCACGUCGUGCCGCAUCACACAAUGCAUGCGUCGGUCGGCACAAGCCAACUGUGCACGCCAAUGCGUGCAUGGAGGUCAAUUACCGGAGACCAGGCUGCUCUUCUUCACCCUGCACUCAAUCUCCCCUCGACCUCACUCGCUGCUUACGCGCACCCGUGCAGGUGCCAGGGGACUACGAGGCACCGCUGUUCACCACGCGGGUGCUGCAGCACAGCACCUUGAAGCUCACGUGGGACGAGGACGACCCCAUCCGCGUGCGAGCGCUGCGCCGCAAGUUCGCCUCCGACCAGGUGAGCGUGCCGGCCAGGUGGCGGAUCUGGACUUCCACGACUACCCUCGCCUCGUCCUCGGGCGAGGACGAGGAGGAGGGGGAAGAGGAGGAAGAGGAGAAAGAGGAGGAGCAGGACGAGGAGGAAGAGAGAAAGGAGAAUGCACGGGGCUGGCGGCGCUGGGCGACAAGCUGGCGCGGCGCCGCAGCGAGCAGCAGCGCAGUGGCAGCGAGACGGUGUUUGAGGCGUACCAGCGCCAGCGCAAGGAGCGCCGCAAGGAGCGCCGCCGCCUGGCCGAGGCGAGCAAGGCGGCAGGAGGGGGGCGCAGGGGGGAGUGCGGAGGAGGAGGCAGGAAGCGACGACGAUUUGUACGACAGCAGGCGCGUGCAGCAGGAGGACGACCCGUUCUUUGCCCUGCCCGCAGAUGAGGACCCCUUUGCUGAUCCCUUCUUUGCCUCCACUCAUGCCGGUGCUGCUGUGGGCAACGGAGGGGCUGGAGUGGUGAAGGGAGUGAAAGCAGGGAAGAGUGAGUAUGAGAGGAAGGCGGAAGAGCGCGAGAGGAAGAGGGCGGAGCGGGAGCAAGAGAGGGCAGAGGAGGAGAGGCGGCGGGCGGAGCUGGAGCUGCUGCUGAUGGAGGGGGGGCGAGGGCGGGGGGGUGAAGGGCCAUUGCGUGUCAUGGCGCGUGCCCCUCACAGCCUUGGCGCUGCUCCCCCCUCCCCCCAAUCACCAGGUCGUCAGCCCCCGCAGCGCCUGGAUAGCGGAGAAGCAGCGCCGCCCGCGUGCCAAGUGGCGCAGCGGGCGGGGGAGCAGCGGGUGGUGGCGGGAGUGGCAGCAGUGUACUUUGUGCCGUUUCGAACGCACUCUCGCCGCCCUUCCCAUCGAUUCUCGCUCGCCCUCCCGUUCCGAUCAUCCUCGCGCCGUCCGUUCCGUCGUUCGUCCCGUCGCCGUCCCUUCGCCUUCCCGUCACCGUCCCGUCGCCGUCUUGUCGCCUUCCCGUCGCCGUCCCGUCGCCCUCCCUCUCUGUUCGCCUUUCAAUCUCUGUUCGCCAUUCAACUCUCCGUUCGCCCUUACCUCUCCGUUCGCCCCUCCCCUCUCCGUUCGCCCUUCCCCUCUCCGUUCGCCCUUCCUCUCUCCGUCGCGCUUCCCCUCUCCGUUCGCCCUUCCCCUCUCCGUUCGCCCUUCCCCUCUCCGUUCGCCCUUCCCUCUCCGUUCGCCAGUCCCCUCUCCGUCGCGCUUCCCCUCUCCGUUCGCCCUUCCCCUCUCCGUUCGCCCUUCCUCUCUCCGUUCGCCCUUCCUCUCUCUGUGGCGCUUCCUCUCCCGCCGCCCCUCUUCUCUCCCGUCGCCCCUCUUCUCUCCCGUCGCCCCUCUUCUCUCCCCGUCGCCCCUCCUCUCUCCCGUCAACCUUCCUCUCUCUCCUUACUACGUCGCUCUCGCUGUUCUCGCUCGAAGUACUACCGUGCCUGA